AUGGUUGGUGUACGUGCUUUUCUGGAUGAAUUUUGUCCACCAAUCACCGUUUCGGAAUGCUGUACUGCUCGCUUCGAUUGCCCAUCCAUAUACAUAUUGGAAGUGCGGUUGCUUCCUGAUGGCUCUUUGCCUUUCCCAUAUAGACCAACACCACAGUUUCUUCGCUUUACUCGAUACCCUCGUUUUGGCCAGCAGCACGAUGUUCCAGAGCGUGAUGAAACAACCAAUACUUCAGUAACCAGA